CGCGUGGCAUCCACGUAAUCUGCUGUUGCAUGGCAACAUUGGCUGCCAUGACGACCUGGAAAAUAAACGACGGCCAUUUUGAUUUUGGAAAGAAGUGAAGUCGAAAUGGGUCAAGAUUACUACAGUAUUCUUGAACUAACAAAAGGAGCGAGCGAUGCAGAUAUAAAAAAAGCUUACAGAAAACUGUCGUUAAAAUUCCAUCCUGACAAAACCCAAGAACCUGGAGCUGACAGGAAAUUCAAACAAGUUUCUGAAUCAUACGAGAUACUGAGUGAUCCAAAAAAACGGGCCAUUUAUGACCAGUUUGGUGAAGAAGGAUUGAGAAAUGGAGUACCAGACAGUGAUACAGGUGGAUGGACACCUGGUUAUACCUUUCAUGGUGAUUCAUUAAGAGUUUUCAGAGAGUUCUUUGGUGGUGACAAUCCAUUUUCUGAGUUAUUUGAUUCCUAUGAUCCAGAGAUUGGAUUUGGUGGUGCUCAUGGGCGUGGCCGUCGGAAGCAGGAUCCACCGAUAGAAAGGGAAUUGUAUUUAACAUUAGAAGAGGUGUUCAAGGGAUGUACAAAGAAAAUGAAGAUAUCGCGGAGAGUGAUGAAUGAAGAUGGCCAUACCUCAAAUAUCCGUGAUAAGAUCCUCACAAUAAAUGUGAAACCAGGUUGGAAAUCUGGUACAAAGAUAACUUUCCCUAAAGAAGGUGAUCAGGGCCCAAAUAAUAUUCCAGCUGACAUUGUAUUCAUUGUGAAGGACAAAUCACAUUCAAUAUUCAAAAGAGAGGGCAAGGACCUUUUCUUCACUGCAACUGUUCCUCUAGGCAAGGCAUUAACUGGUUGUACGGUAGAUGUACCAACUCUGGAUGGAAGGCUUAUCAGUGUACCCAUCAAUGAUAUUAUCAAGCCUGGCUAUACAAAACGUGUACCUGGCGAGGGAGUGCCAACGUCGAAAGAUCCGAACAUUCGCGGGGAUCUUGUCAUCAAUUUUGAUAUCGUUUUCCCAAACAAACUGAACUCGGACCAAAAACGACUUUUGAAAGAUGCCUUGCUGCAGUGACAGCUCUGCAUUGUAGAUCAUAGAUUUGCUGUGGUUCGUAGUCUUGGCGGAAGACUACAUUGUUAUAUAUUCUCAUGUAUUUUGUCAUGAUAUUCCUUGUACAUAAAAAUCUGGACGAAAUCAUGCAAAAUGGCUGCCGAUUCAAUUCCUUAUUGGUGUGAGGUGCUUCUAGUGCUUAAAACGAAUCCUUCUCAAUGGUUCUUCUUGGAUGCGGGGAAAACUCGGUGUUGGGUGCUCUCUAUUCUAUCACUGUACCGUUUGUGGUAAUUAACUACUUCGCCUAGAAUAUGGGCAAUACUUUCACACAUUACUUGCUGAUUGGACUAUUUUGUUGUUCUUUAUAAUAAAUAUGGUUUUUUUGC